AUGCUGGGAGUUGUAUCGCCCGGCAUAGAAGACAUCGGAUUGCAUGCUCGCCAACCCCCUUUCAUGGCUCCCAAGUACAGAGAGGUCGUCUACUUCUCGACAGUUUAUCCCUUCAGGACGGAUGCAUUACGCAUACUUCGCCUUCGGCUACGUGCCGCCGGGAGCGACCCGAUCUCAUUUGAAACAUUACUCACAAUCAUACAGAGCUGUGCUCGACUUCGAGAGCUCGCACUUGAGUGGAGCCUUGAGCUUGUCCCAUCCGACGCUGCCCUGCUCACGGGCCUGUCAUUCGAAUGUCCGAGUCUGAGAGUGCUCAAGUGCUCAAGUUCCUGGGACAAGCAGCUACAUUUAUGGCUCUCUGGCGCGUCAUCCGCUUUCGACGCCUUGACAAGCUACACAGGAUCCUGGCCGCUCGAAUUCUACGUUGGCCCUCGCACAUCGCUCUCUGCAUACGAGUCAUGGGCCGCGGUAGCGCCCCUGAGCGUCAACGAUACGCGGUACAAUCGUGACGUUCAAGUCAUUUGGUCGCGGUGCUCGACCCAUCGACGUCCCCCGGCGCGAGUUAUCGCUGGACUCGGAUUUCACUCGGCCAAGGACUUCCUCCCGAAGGUCGACACCAUCGCCUUCGAGUAUUUCUAUGAGGCACAUGGCGCACAUGCCACAUACGCGGACUUGAUCAGCACUCUUCCCGCCGAGUUGUCAUACGCCACUUCCAGCAAGGGUCAGGAUAGGCUGCCCCAUUUCUCUUGGGAGACGCACCGCAGCAUACGCUUCGCGAACCCAAUCCUCUGUGACGAUGCACCUCCAGAGCUGAGGAACUACAUGGCACAGUUUAUGGUUGCGUUGAUACCCACGGGUUAG